AUGAACCGAAUGACAAUGAUCGAGAAGGGUUGUGAGAAAUCGGCGAAUUCCACCAAUAAUGACGCCAAAAAUUGCUAUGAGGGUGAGUUUUUUGGGGCCCAAAAAAUUUUGAUGUUGAAAUUUGUGUGAUUUUUCUUGGCAAAUGAACAAUUACUAUUAAUUUUCAAUUUUCACAGAAAAUUUUUGGGAUAUUUUUGAAACAGUGAUUUUUUUCUGAACUUUUAUAAUUAAUUUUCGUACAAUUUAUCAACAUUGGUUUUAUCCCAAAAAUUUAUAUGAAAAUUUUGAAACAGUGAUUUUUUCAAAAAAAAAAUACUAUUGAAAAUUCGAUCUCUCAUGUAUUAAUUUUCAAUUUGCGCCGAAAAAUUUUGUGAUUUUUUUGAAACAGUGAAUAUUUCAAGGUUCACUUCUUUCAUAAUCAAAAAAAAGAGCUGAUCGAAAUGAUUUUCAAAUCUCAAAAUUAAUAAUUUAUUUGAAACAGUGAUUUUCCAUAAAUAAAUUAUCAUUUCUCAGUUUUCAUCGAAAAUGUUUGUGAUAUUUUUGAAACAGUGAAUAUUUCAGGUUUACCAAAACUUCUUUAAAAAUCUAAAAAAAAUUUGAAGUUUCGAAUAUUCAUAGUAACCAAGUUAAAUCAAAACAAUUUUCAAAUUCCAAAAUUAAUAAUUUGUUUGAAACAGUGAUUUUUUCAAAAAAAAAUACUAUUGAAAAUUCGAUCUCUCAUGUAUUAAUUUUCAAUUUGCGCCGAAAAAUUUUGUGAUUUUUUUGAAACAGUGAAUAUUUCAAGGUUCACUUCUUUCAUAAUCAAAAAAGAGAGCUGAUCGAAAUGAUUUUCAAAUUCCAAGAUUUAGAAAUUUUUUGAAACAGUGAUAUUUUUGAAAGAAAUGAAGUAAUCAUUUCUCAAUUUUCAUUAAACAUUUUUGUGAUAUUUUUGAAACAGUGAAAUAAAAUUGCGCUCUGAAUUGUCAGAUUCAAAUCUGGAAUUUUCCACUUUCCCAAAAUAUAACCAAAAUAUCAAAUCUGUAAUUUUCUUCAAAAAAGUUAUGAUUUUUCUGAAACAGUAAAAUUUUUUCUGAAUAAAAAAAUGAAAUUUUCUUUGAAACAUUAUUUUUGAGUUUUCUGAAUUUAAAAAAUUAAGAUACAGUAACUCAGAAAAAUCUACAGUAAAAUGCUUCUGAAAAAUUUCUGGUGGAAAAAAAAUCUUAUUUUGAAAUUUGUGUGAUUUUUGUUAAGAUGACCAGAUCGAAUUGAUUUUUAUAAAAUCCAAAAUUUAGAAAUUUUUUGAAACAGUGAUAUUUUUUUAUCAUAAUGGGGUGAUUCAUACGAAAAAAAUUGACCAAAAAAAUCACGAUUUUUUGUAUGAAUCACCCCAGAUCCCAAUUUUCCUGGCAAUUUUUGUGAUUUUUUCUCCUCUUGUUUACAAAUUUCCGUCUGCAAUUCAAAAAAUUUCCCAUUUUCCCAUAGAAAUUGGCCAAAUGGUGUUGUUUUUCUACACUUUCUUUGUUCUUUUCUUUUUUUUCGCCAAAAAAAAUAACAACAUGUUUACAAAAAUGAGAAAAAAGAAAAAACACAUAUGUUUCUUGUUUUUUCAUUUUAUUUAUUCGGAAAAAGUUUUUAAAAAAAUAUUUCAGAACUCAGAAAAAAUUCUAUUUAAAAAUGGAGAAUAUUUCCACGAUUUCUGAUGCUUCCAGCUAUUCAAGAAGGUUUUUUUCAACUUUUGGGAAAUUUUGAAACAGUGACAUUUUUUAAAUUAGAAAAUUAGUGCCACGUGGAUUUUUGGGGUCAAAAACUACCUAAAAGGUCUAGAAAUUUGUAAAACAUGAAUGUUCAGAGGCCAAAAACUACAGUAAUCCAAAAAAAGGUCCAAUAAUUUGUACAUAGAUCACUAAUUUUGGUGCCAAAAAUACCCCGAAAAUCAUUUCUAGACCAAAAUUCCCCGAAGAACUCGAAUUUUCCACCCAAAAAUCCCCAAAUCUUCUAGAAACCCCACCAAAUCGUCCGCGAGUUACCACCACAUCUUCCCCGCAACGUCGUCCAUCACUUCUAGGUGGUCUUAAAAAUAUGUGGCACUCGAGAAGUAUGGGCGAAAAAAUGUUUCGUCGCAAUCACGGUGAUUUGGCAGGUGGUCGGAAGGUUCAGAUUGCCGAUUGUGAAGUGGAUGAUGUGUAUGAUUUGAGACACAAAAAUGAUAAUAGCUUUUAUGAUGAUGAUGUGAGUGGGAAAUGGGGUGAGCUGAAAUUGAAAAAAAAUAAAUUUUUCUUGCAGACCGCAUUCCGACGCCCGAGAUCUAAUAGUUCGGAUUUUUUGAUUUUGCGAAAAACUUCGAGACCACUUUCGGUUAAUGUUGUUGGACUUAUUGGUGAGUAUCGAGCGGAGCGAGUGUAGACCGCGAGCUUCCGCGUGAGCGGCUCUCGAGCGGAGCGAGUGUAAAGCUUCCGCGUUAGCUUAACUUCCUUAAUUUAAAAGUUAGCCUAACGUUGCCGCUGCGCGGAAGAUAGUGCCGCUUACGCGGAAGCUUGCGGUCUACACUCGCUCCGCUCGAAGAAAAAAAUAAUCGAAAUUUUUCUUGAAAAAAAAUCUUCGAAACGUAAGAUCUUCAGUAAUGAUGAUCAAUGAAUCAAAAUCACAAAUCAAUUUUUUUUUUUAGAUUUAUGAAAAAUUUGAAACAGUGAAUUUUUGGUAGGAAAAUAUUGGAAUUUUUAUGAUUUUUUGUAAUUUUCAGAUUUAUUAGCCUUUUAAAAAUAAGUGAAGUGAAUUUAGAAUGCUCUAAAAAAAAUUAAUUAAAAUUUGAAACAGUGGAAUUUUGGUAGGAAAAUAUUGAAACUUUUCAGAUUUUUUAGCCUGGUGAAAAUAAUAGAAAUGAAUCAAAUUUAGAAUUCUCCCAAAAAAAAUUAACAGAAAUUUGAAACAGUGAAUUUUUGGUAGGAAAAUAUUGGAAUUUUGAUGAUUUUUUGUAAUUUUCAGAUUUUUUAGCCAGAUCAUAAGAAAAGUAGCGAAUUCAAAAUUUGAGAAAAAAAAAAUAACUGAAAUUUGAAACAGUGAAUUUUUGGUUGGAAAAAAAUGGAAUUUUUUGGAUUUUUGUAAUUUUAAGAUUUUUCCCCUUAUUUGAGCAAAGUAGUGAAUUUAGAAUUCACCCGAAAAAAAUCAACAGAAACUUGAAACAGUGAAUUUUUGGUAAGAAAAUAUAUUGGAAUUUUUAUGAUUUUUUCUAAUUUUCAGAUUUUUUAGCCUGUUAAAAAUAAAAGAAAUGAAUCGAAUUUAGAAUUCUUCUAAAAAUUUAGCUGAAAUUUGAAACAGUGAAUUUUUGGUAGGAAAAUAUUGGAAUUUUGAUGAUUUUUUUUGAAUUUUCUCAUUUUUUGGCCAGUUGACAAGGAAAGUAGCGAAUUUAAAAUUCUCCCAAAAAAAAUUAACAGAAAUUUGAAACAGUGAAUUUUUGGUAGAAAAAUAUUGAAAUUUUGAGGAAUUUAAAGAUUUUUUAGCCUGUUGAAAUAUGUAAUAGGAUUCGAUCAAAUUUGGAAUUUUCUUAACAAAACAAUUAACUGAAACUUGAAACAGUGAAUUUUCGGUGAGAAAAUUUUGGAAAUUUGAUGAUUUUUCUAAUUUUCGGAUAUUUUUUACUCUGUUGGAAAUACUGGAAAUGGAUCGAAAUUAGAAUUUUCUAAAAAAAAAAUUCGCUUAAAUUUGAAACAGUGGAUUUUCGGUAGGAGAAUAUAGGAACUUUUCAGAUUUUCCCCCUUUCCGAAACAAAAGUAGCGAAUUUAAAAUUUGAGAAAAAAAAUUAACAGAAAUUUGAAACAGUGAAUUUUUGGUAGAAAAAUAUUGGAAUUUUUAGGUUUUUUCAGAUUUUUAAAACUAGAGAAGCGAAUUUGAAAUUCACCCAAAAAAAAUUAACUGAAAUUUGAAACAGUGAAUUUUUGGGAGGAAAAUAUUGGAAUUUUGAUGAUUUUUUUUGUAAUUUUCAGAUUUUUCCGUCAUUUGAAUAAAUGUAGCGAGUUUAAAAUUUAAGAGAAAAAAUUUAACAGAAAUUUGAAACAGUGAAUUUUUGGAAGGAAAAUAUUGGAAUUUUUAUGAGUUUUUUGUAAUUUUCAGAUUUUUUAGCCUUUUAAAAAUAAGUGAAGUGAAUUUAGAAUGCUCUAAAAAAAUUAAUUAAAAUUUGAAACAGUGAAUUUUUGGUAGGAAAAUAAAUAUUGGAAUUUUGAUGAUUUUUUGUUAGCCUAUUAAAUUUUUUAGCCAAAGUAGAACAAAAUAAGUGAUUUUAAAAUUCUCCCAAAAAAAAAUUAACAGAAAUUUGAAACAGUGAAUUUUUGUUAGGAAAAUAAAUAUUGGAAUUUUGAUGAUUUUUCUAAUUUUCAGAUUUUUUAACCUGCUGGGAAUAAAAAGUCAAUCGAAUUUAGAAUUUUCUGAAAAAAAAUUAACUGUGAUUUGAAACAGUGAAUUUUCGGUGGGAAAAUAUUGAAAUUUUUUGGAUUUUUGUAAUUUUCAGAUUUUUUAGCCUGUUGAAAUAAUAGAAUUCAAUCGAAUUUAGAAUUCACCCAGAAAAAAAAUUAGCUGAAAUUUGAAACAGUGGAUUUUUGGUAGGAAAAUAUUGGAAUUUUAUGAUUUUUCAAAUUUUUUAGCCUGUUGAAAAAUAGGAAAAGUUAAUCGAAUUUAGAAUUCACCCAAAAAAAAUUAACAGAAAUUUGAAACAGUGAAUUUUCGGUGGGAAAAUAUUGGAAUUUUUUGGAUUUUUCUAAUUUUCAUAUUUUUAAAAAGCCUCUUAAAAAAAUAAAUCGAAUAUAGAAUUCACCCAAAAAAAAUUUAACAGAAAUUUGAAACAGUGAAUUUUCGGUAUAAAAAUAAUGAAAUUUUGAUGAUUUUUUGUAAUUUUCAAAUUUUUUUGCCAGAUGAAAGGAAAGUAGCAAAUUUAGAAUUUAAGAGAAAAAAUUAACUGGAAUUUGAAACAGUGAAUUUUUUGUUGGAAAAUAUUGGAAUUUUUAGGAUUUUUCAAAUUUUCAGAUUUUUUUUCCUUAGUUGAAUAAAUGUAGCGAAUUCAGAAUUCACCCAAAAAAUUAGCUUAAAUUUGAAACAGUGAAUUUUUGGUAGGAAAAUAUUGGAAUUUUGAUGAUUUUUUUUUGAUUUUUCUCAUUUUUGGCCAGUUGAUACUCAGAAAACGUCUCGUCAACCGUCCGCAAGCCGGCAGACGGCCGUCGAAUUCUGAUACUAAUUUGUCAGUUUGCUAGCUCGCAGACAGCGCCUGCUAGGUUCUGCCAGCUAGCAACCUCGCGGCGAGCUGUCGAAAUGCCUCUGCUAGCUUUCGACAGCUCGCAACCUCGCGGACGGCUGACGAGACGUUUUCUGAGUAAGAAAAGUAGCGAAUUUAAAAUUCUCCCAAAAAAAAUUAACUAAAAUUUGAAACAGUGAAUUUUUUCAAGAAGAAGAAAAAAUUCCAGUUAGGCUAAUUUAUAGAUUUAGGAAAUUGAGCUGAAAUUUUUAAAAGUCAAGGAAUUUUGAAAAAAAAAAUUUCUUGAGCUUCAAAAGUUCACUGUUUCGAAAUUUUUGUUUAUUUUCGCGAUUGUUCCUGGUGUUGAUCGAAUUCAGAAUUUCCCCGAAAAAAUUAGUUACAAUUUGAAACAGUGAAGUUUUUUCACUUACCCCAACUCCGAAAUUUUUUCCAGACCAACAAACCGAUCCCUAUCGUCAAUACAUGAAAGUAGUCGAUGUCUACGAACUCUGUCCACAAAACUCCAAAAUCCACGUCAUCGACAAAAAGCUGAGCACCCAAAAAGCCUUCUCGAUUGUCAAAAAACAGAAAGUCGGAAGUCUUCUGGUUUGGGAUUCGAGUUCCGAAGAAUUGCUGUCAAUUGUGACGUUGACCGAUUUCUUCAAUUGUUUGCAGAAUUCGGAGAAGGAUGGGCGAUUUUUGGUGGAGAAUAUUUUGUCGGGAAAUCAAUUGGUGACUGUGGAUAUUUCGACAAAGUUAGUUUUGGGAGCCAGGGUAGAAAAUAUGGUGGAAAUCUGAGAUUUUCUUUCGGGUAUCAAAAUUUUUGGAAACAGUGGAUUUUUCAACAUGCAGAAAAAUUUUUUGCAGAAUUCCAGAAAAAAAUUGAUCGAGAGUUAACCAAAGUUUGGAACAGUUAAAAUUUUAUUCAAAAAAAAUCUCACUGUUUCAAAAAUUUCACAAUUUUUUUUUGAUUAAUUUGAACUGUUUCAUAUUUAAAUUUGAAAAAUUGUACUCAAGAAAAAUUUGACACUCAAAAUUUAAUUAAAAAAUCUCAUGGAUUUUUUUUUUGAUGAAAUUGCAGAACUGAUAAAGCAUCUUGAGCGAUGAAGGUAAAAAACCGAAAAUAAAAAAUAUAGAUCAAAUCCACGUGGCAUUCAGAAAAAUUCAGGGUUUUUUUUGGUUGUUAAUUGAAUUUUUAUAAUUGUUUUCAAAAAAUUUAAUUCAAAAAUCUCAUGAGUUUUUUGAAACAGUUGAAAUUUUAUUCAAAAAAAAUUCACUGUUUCAAAAAUUUCAUAAUUUUUUCGGAUGAAAUUUCGGAAAUUAUUUCCGAACUGAUCAUGCAUUUGUUCAAAAUCCACGUGGCGUUCAGAAAAAUUCAGGGAUUUUUUAGCCUUGAAUUCAGAGUUUGGUAUUGUUUUCAGAAAUUUUAUUCAAAAAUCUCAUGGAUUUUUGAAACAGUUAAAAUUUUCUGGAAUUGAAGAAAAAAUUCACUGUUUCAAAAAUUUCAUAAUUUUUUUGAUGAAUUAACAGAACUGAUAAUUAUUCCAAAGUGAUUUUGCAUAAUUUUAGACGUAAAGAAUCCACGUGGCAUUUAGAAAAAUUCAGGGAUUUUUUAGCUUAGAAUUAAUUUUUUUGAAACUGUUCACAAAUUUCAUAGAUUUUUUGAAACAGUUACAAUUUUCUGGAAUCGAAGAAAAAUCUCACUGUUUCAAAAAUUUCAUAAUUUUUUUGAUGCUAUUGCAUAACUAAUAAUCCGUAUGCGCGAUCAGGGUAAAAAAACCAAAAAUAAAAAAUCUAGAUCAAAUCCACGUGGUAUUCAGAAAAAUUUUGAAAUUGUUUUCACAAUAAAAAAAAUUUUAUUCAAAAAUUUCAUAGAUUUUUUAAAACAGUUAAAAUUUUAUUCAGAAAAAUCUCACUGUUUCAAAAAUUUCAUAAUUUUUUUUUGAUGAAAUUUGAGAACUGAUCAUUUUGCAUAAAGACGUGGAGAAUCCAGGUGGCAUUCAGAAAAAUUCAGAGUAUUUUUUUAGCCUUGAAUUCAAUUCAUGAAAUUCUCUUCAGAAGUUUAAUUCGAAAUUUUCAUAGGUUUUUUGAAACAGUUGAAAUAUUAUUCAAAAAAAAUUCACUGUUUCAAAAAUUUCAUAACUUUUUUUAUAAAAUUUCAAAAAUAAUAUGGAGAGGGCUUAUCUUCGAGGUGACAUGACUGACAGUAAAUAAAAAUUCUAGAAUAAGCUUGGGUUACUGUAUAUACAUAUAGUACCUCUAGAUCAAAAAAACAAAAUUUUGAGAUGUUUGGAGCAACUUUGAUGGCCUAUCAGAAAAUUUCAAAAAUUAUGAAAAAUCCCAAUUUCCCCUUACAGAAUCCUCGACGCGUGUCACGAACUGCUGACCAACAAAUUGCAUCGAAUCGCAGUCCGCGAUGAACUCGGCAACAUUGUCUUCAUGUUCACAAUUCGCCGCGUUCUCGCCGCAAUUCACAAACAAAAUCGAUCAUUGCAUUUUGCGCAAUGGUUGAGUCGACCGAUUGGAAUGUCGAAUAUCGGAACAUGGUCCGAUAUUAAGAGUAUUGGGGAGAAUAUGCCGAUUUGGAGAGCUGUUGAAGAGAUGAUCGGAUGCCGAUUCUCGACGAUGCCGAUUGUGGAUGAUCAGAAAAAUGUGGGUGAUUUUUUUGAACUUCAAAUUCUGAGCCCAAAUUUUGAGCCCCCAGAGUCCCUAAAUUUUCAAAUUUGGAAAAAUCAUAAUUUUUUAUCCCAAGAGUUAUCCUAAGCCCCAAAUUUUGAAUUUCCAGAUGAUUGGCGUUUUGACAAAACGGGACAUUUGCAAUGCACUUCCGGAUGAUAACAAAAGCCCAAAGGUUGGUUUUUCUUGGGUACAGUACUCCUGGAGUACUGUAGACAUUGUUUUUGAAUCUCGGGGUGCUGUCGGCGGCGAUUCGGCGACGUUGCCGACCCUUUUUUCGGCAACGUCGCCGGCAGCCCCGCGGCAACGUCGCCAUUCGAUAAUUUUCUGACGUUUUUGCUACGGCGAUAAGCGGCAACAGAGAGGCGAGUGCUCCGCCAUUUGGGAAAUGGCCUCGGCGGCGCUCGGCAACGUUGCCUCUAAGAGCGGCGAGGAUAGGCAAGGUGUGGCAGUGCAUGAAAAAGUGGGCAAAUUGCGCAGGCGGGAUUCGGCGACAGCCUCGGCAACAAGCGAGCAGCUCGCGGCAGCGAGAGGCGGCGUCAGUGUAUUUCUCCCGAUUUGACUCAAUUUGAUAUAUCUGUUCUUCGAUAGUAACAUGGUUUUAUAAUUACAACAUAUUUAUUUGGAAAAUGAUAAUCAAAUCAUAUAACAUAAUAAUUGAAUACAUGAAAUAAAUUUUCAAUUAAUUGAGCUUCAAAAAGGUAGAAUCUGAUGGGCUUGAUGUUUUUUGUAUUGUUUUUGAAACAUAAUUGACGAUAAGAUUGUAUGGGCGAUUGAGAUGACUUUGUUCACCUGAAAAAGAAAAACAUCAUUAUAAAAUACUCUAGCUUGAUUUUUCAUUAGGAACCUUCACUUAUAUAUUAUCCCAAAUUUUAAAAAUCAAUUUUGAAUGUUUUCCCAAAUGUUAUUUUCAAACUAAAUUGCUGACCAACUUAUUAAAAAACGCUUGAGAAUUAAGUGGUCGGGCUCCUGAAUACACUAGUUUUGUGUGCAUUUUCCUUUUGAAAGUGUAUUCGGUCAAAUACAGGAAAUUUCUCAAAACUUUUUGUUCAAGAUUUAUUCUUGGAAAAGUAUCCAAGGAAAAGUGGAUUUAGUUUUAAAGUUAAAUUUGAAAACGAAAAUUAAAAAAAAAAACAACUCACUUUUCAACAAAGUUUUUUAAUCCUAGUCUCCUCCAAUAGUCUUGAGCAAUUGAGAAGUCAUCGAUGAUUUUCAAAUCACUUGUUGAAUGGCACAAACUGAAAUAUUUAAAGUUAAUACUCUCAAAAAUUGUAAAUAAGAAAAUGUAUAGUCAACUAACCUUUUUAAUCACAGUUUUCCUAUUUUUUGUUGAAUUCUUCAAUUUUCUACGAUGAAAUCCAACGAAACCAUCAAUUCCUUGCUUGAUACAUGCUGAAAUAUAGUAAUAUUCAUGAUAAACUCACUGAAAAUAGCAGAAAAACACAAUUUAGGCCAGAAAGAAAAAAAAAACAAAAAUUUCGAAACUUCAUGAUUGUGCAGAAUUGCGUCGCAGUGUUUUACAUUUUGGCAACGUUGCCUUCAGUCGCCGGGAGCAAGAAUCGAAAUUAAAUAUCUGGCGACAAAAAGCAACGUUGCUGCUUCUUGUGGCAACGUCGCAAGGUGUUGCUGCUUUUUUGGCAACGUCGCCGGAAUGUUGCCAAACGUGGCAACGCCGCCGAAUCGCCGCCGGCAGCAUCCCGAGAUGAUUACUGUAAUAAGUUAUCAGCAUAUGGCACAUUAGAAUUUCGUUCCCCGCGAAAAAUUUGUGGAUUUUUUGAAACAGUGAAUUUUUUUUCGGAAAAUUUUUGGUAAUUUCGAUUCGGGGUACGGUAGCUACAGUACUACCAAAUUUGAAAUUAUAAUUUUUGUUAAGCUUCUGGAUACUGUAGCUACAGUAAUCUAAAAUUCUAAGUUUGCAAACAAUCAAAUAUGAACAACUGAAAAUUGAUUUUCUACAAAAAAAAUUGUGGAUUUUUUGAAACAGUGAAUUUUUUCUUUGAAGCUAAUUGAAUUCAGAUUUGGGAUACUACAGUACUAUUGGGUACAGUAGUUUAGGAGUACUGUAGACAUUUUUAACGAAAUAAUAUUCGGCGUGAUAUUAGAGUUUUGUUCCCCGCGAAAAAUUUGUGGAUUUUUUGAAACAGUGAAUUUUUUUUUGAAAAAUUUGGGGUUAAUUUAGACUUAGAUUUGGGGUACGGUAUCUACAGUACUACUGAAGGGAAAAAUAUAAUAUUUUUCGAAUACUGUAGCUACAGUAAUCCAGAAUCAUAAGUUUCAGAAUAACUAUGAAUAUAUAACUGAAAUUUAUUUUCUACAAAAAAAACUUGUGGAUUUUCUGAAACAGUGAAUUUUUUUCGGUAAAAUUUUGGGUUAAUUUAGAUUUAGAUUUGGGGUACGGUAGUUACAGUACUACUAAACUGAAAAUUAAAAUUUUUUGCUUACAGUAAUCUCCGGGUACUGUAGUUAAUUACAGGUAUCCCUGAAUCCACAUAAUUUUCAUUUAAGAAAAUCUCGAGUCCAGAAAAAUUCCAAAAUUACAGGUUUAGAAGUAGUUCAAAGCUACUGUAUCUACAGUAUCCCAUAAAAUUAUGAUUUUACUGCGAAAUUCUAGCCCUACAGUACUCCUAGAUCAUGAAAAUUCUGGAAAUUGAGAAAAAAAAAUAUUCUUGGCUCAAAAAUCCCCCGAAUUUUUGCAGAAAUGGAUGAAAGACACCAAAAUCUCGGCAAUCCUCGCAAAACAAGAAAAUCCCCCUCAAAUCUCAUCAAAAGACACAAUUGGCUCAGUUUUGGACCAACUACUCAGCUCAACUUGUCACACCGUGUUUGUGAUUCACAAUCAGAAGCCAAUCGGAGCGGUGUCACUUUCGGAUUUCUUGGAAUUCUUGAUGAGCAAUCCGAUAAGUGCGGCCGAAUUGCCAAUGACUCCAGGCUCGAGUGAUUCGAGCUCCGAAAAUAUUCGCGGAGCCAAAUAG